AUGUCUGAGAUUGUGCUGUUUAGUUAUCCUGGCUCUCCUUGGGGAGCCAAAGUAACUAACUACCUUGCCCUUCGCGGCAUUGAAUAUUCUGAGUGCCACCAGCCCAUGAUCUGGCCUCGACCAGACCUUGAACCACUCAAUAUUCGCUAUCGUCGCAUUCCCUUCUUGGCAAUCGGCAGAGACAUCUAUUACGACUCAUUGCUCAUUUUUGAGAAACUCGAGGCCUUGUACCCCGAGAGUGCGCUAGGCGCCAAAGAAUGUACGGCGAGAGCUCUUGAAAAGCUUAUAGAGAAGUGGGCAGAGGGAACCCUGUUGAAAUCAGUUAUCUGUCUACUACCCAAAAAUUUGCCUCUUUUGACGGACUCCAAAUUCCUUAAAGACAGGAAGGAGCUCUGGGGAAUGGACUUCAGCCCUGAAGGUUUGGAGCAGGGCGUGUCUAAGUCGUUAGUCGAGGUGAGAGAGCAAUUUUCUCUCCUUGAAGACCUUCUCAAAGAUGGAAGAUCUUGGCUGCUUAAUACCGAGAAAGCUGGGUUGAUUGAUAUUCAUGCUGCAUUCUGUUUUGACUGGGUAAUGGCUGGAGUGCUCCCGAACGAAUUUCUCUCCCCUGAUAGCUAUCCGAACACUCUGAAAUGGCUUGAGAGAUACGCCCACACAGUUGCGCAAGCAAAGGCACAAGGAAACGCACCAACCCUACUUACGGGAUCUGAUAUGGCGAAGUUAAUCUUGGAAUCUGAGUUCUCUGAGUCCGCAGGUCCUGUGAAGAAAGACCCCACGGGUCUUCAGGAGGGCCAGACAGUCGCUCUUUAUCGCAUUGAUGACGUGAGCUCUGCCUCUCAGCAUCGGGACGUUGGCAGGUUAGUUACCUUGACGGAGCAUGAAGUUGCUCUUGAGAUCAAGGCAAAGGCAGCCGAUGUUGAACUUCGGAUACACGCUCCACGUUGGCAAUUUGCGUUGGAGGCAGUUGAGAACUAG